UUUUUUUUUUUUUGGUCGCUUAGGGGUCAGUCAGCUCCUGGAUCAAGUUUAGGAGUCGGGUAUACUUCCACCGGUUUGGACAGGGUAGAUCACACAGAUCUGUAAAAUCAUUGACGCAGUCACGUUCGGUGAAACUUCACGAACCUUUAACACAACCUCGAUCUACAACGCACACGACACUUCGGUCUACGACAAACUUCUAUCUGUUGUUCAUUCCUUCAAUUAUCUUUAAUCACAAUGGAUUCCCCGAACCCUCCCGUUACGUCAGCUCCAGCUAAACAUUCAAACGCCGUACUUGAGUGCAGCGACCCGUCUAGCUUAAAAUCAAGUCUGUGGUUGAGUCUAGCUCGACCCAGGUCAACACGUCCACUAGUCAUCACUAUGAUUGAUGAUGAGAAUGAGGAUACAAGUCAUCCAGCGGUUGCCAGUAAUCUACGAGAUCUGCAACAGUCCGAGGAAGAGUCUGAGGAGUCCAAGGACGACUACGAGGAAUCCGAAAAGUCUGAAGAGUCUGAGGAUUUUGGGUACGGUUAUUACAUUCUCCAGAGUCCUGGGGCUGACGAGGCCGAUGCUGGGGCUGCAAAAAACACAAUCCCUCACUCGGCAAUGUUUGAGAGGGGUCCUCAACACAUGGUUUUCCUGGAAACGUUUAUGACUGGUGGCAUAAUAAGUGCUAGAAGAUCAGCCAUUAGAGAUUCAUACACCCAAUUCAAGAGGCAGAUCACAUUCGAGUCCCUCUUGCCAGAUGGUCGAAUCAUCCGCGCUAUCUGGUCAUGCACAUAGGAGUAUUGGAGUUAUCUUUCUCUCGAGAAACCAAACAAGUCUACUUUCGUUGCUUGGGGUUUCACUGGAGUAAACUGCAGAGCAGAGGCAGCUGCAGUAACUGCAGACUUGGUUCCGACUGAACUUCUGUAAUUCCAACCAUUUCAAAGUGGGGCGUACAAGUGAAACAUCAAGAUUCUUGUGAGUUAGUUGAGAAGGGGAAAUGUGUGGUGUAGGUCAAGAAUUGCUGCUGCAUUUGCUUCCAGCAAGGGGCUCGCUUAUGACUUGUGAAAAGGGGGCUG